UAUAAAUAGUAAUUUUGCUUAACCAUACAAGUUAAUAUUAAAAAUACGUACGUACGCGAAAAUAUAUUAAAUGUGGAAUCGAAGCUGCCAUAUUUUGUACUUCCCGGGAAGCUCUUUAAAUUAUCAUUUUUCGACGACAAAAACCGUAUAAUUAAAAAAAAACAUGGAUUUGGAUGGCAUUCUGUCUUUAAAGUCGCUGUGCGACAAGAAUAUCAAUAAGCUGCUGGACAACCUAGUCUCCUACCAACGCGAGGUGGAACAAGUGCGGAAAUUUUUAAUGGAGCGUUGGGAAAAUGUGGAGCGAGUGGACGGACGACUUGUCGCUUUGCACGACCGCCUUUUGACCAGUCUCAGCGACGUGAAUGCCCACGCCGUAAAACUAAAUCUGCAAAUAAAGCUAAAUCGUCCUGGGAUGCUAAAGGAUGAAGAAAAUCAGCAGAUUCUGUCAUCAAAAGAAGAGGCGUCGAAGCAUACACGAAACAGAAGUGCCAUUGAGGACGCUACAUCCGUUAGCAAACCCCAUGAGCCGACCUUGGCUGUGGACCGGUCAAAGAAUAAUUCGGACUUAAUAGAUUUCACCUCAAGCCCUCAAAAGAACUCCGACAACCUGGUUGUCUCCAUGCGUUCCAGCUGGGUGAUAGGGCCACCAGAGACCUUGCAGUCGCCGAUCAAAGUUGACCCAAAACCGGCAUCUUCUGCAAAAAUUCCCCAGCUUCCUAUUAAGCAACGUGAAAGAAGCCUUCUGCCUCCCAAAGGCGGUUCUCAAAGAACAAGCAACGAAAUAUACGAGCAAAUCAUUAAGAACAUGCUUGAUUUCCCACAAAAGACGACUGUAACGGCCACAGUCAUGAAUCGGAAUAUUGCAGACGAUUGCUUCUUUGUGGCUAAAUGGGGUCCCGAAUCCAAGCCGAUUCAGAAACUGCUGGAGGGUCAGGUGCCGCUCGAGGAGGUUGAUCAACUGCCUGAUUACGGGGACAUUUUUGCCGUCUAUGACUGCACUAGUAGUUGCAUUCCGCGUGUCGCCAUCAAUGCAGCAGCCGAGGAUGGUACCUACGAGGCUUACCUAGUUGAUUAUGGCGAGCACAUCCGACUUAUGGGUAAUGAGACCAUCUUCCUGCUGCCGGACAACAUAAAGAAACUGCCGGCUGAAGCAGUCAAGUGUCAUUUGACAAACGGCGAUGUAGACUCGAUGUCCAAGUUCGUAUACCAGGAUAUUGAAAUGAAAAUACUUGAUAACAACGGUAUAGAUUUAGUGGUGGAAUUAUUGUACCAAGAUCCCAAACAAUUGGGACAACAAAAGUCUACCAAUGAAUUAGAUUCUGUACACGAUUCCGCAAAGGAUUCAAAUAAUAAUUUAACAUCAAAAGAUGCCACAAGUGACGGUGAUAAAGAUGAUGAUUCUACAAAAGAAUUUUCGAAAAAUUGCACAAAAAAUUCCUCGGAUGUUUCUACAAACGGUUCUACAGAACGUUCUUCUAGCGGAGCAUUUACGGAGGACUUCACCAAAGGCUCCUCGCAAAGUUUUGAUAAGGAGUCAGGAAUGGAGUAUACUUCAACACCACAAGCGCCACGGACAUCUGUUAAAGUGACCGAGGAGCAAAUGGCUAUACUGAAUGAAAUUGAAGAAGGCACCAGCGAUCCCUUGAAGGCUCUUCUAGGAUUCCACCCCACAGAUGAGCAGCGUAUUUGCAGACAUUACGAUCCUGCGCUGAAUGGUUGCUUUAAAGGCAACACCUGUCGUUUGGUGCAUGAACCAUUCGCUCCACACGGUGCCACCAAGGAUGUGCAGGAGGCUGGUGCCCUGCCGGAAACUGAGUUUGAUGCGCCCAUUGCCCGGCAGAUGGGUAGCACGGCGCGCAUGCUGGUAACCUACAUCAAUGGCCCCACCGAGGUCUACGCACAAUUUAUGGACGGAAACACACCUUUGGUGUGGGACAAGAAUGACAUUCCGCAAGAGAAACGUACCCUCAAGAGUAAGCCGUACCCCUUGGACAUUGUGCUGGCUUUGUACUCUGACGGCUGCUACUAUCGCGCCCAGAUUGUUGACGAAAUGGAUGACGAGUACAAAAUAUUCUAUGUGGAUUACGGAAACACAGAGUUUGUUCCAUUGCACACCUUGGCUCCUUGUCCAGAUGCCGAGAGACUUAAACCUCAUCGUGCUAAUAGUUGUCACAUUGAGGGCGUUGUUCGCUCGCCGAACCAUCGAAAGGGCUCCGAGUGCGUUGAGUUCAUGAAGAGCAAAUUGUUGAACAUGGAGGUGGAUGUUAAGCUGAUUGCUCGGCUGCCCGAUGGGUUCCUAGUUCGUUUGUUAAAUGAUUAUUCCGAUGUGCCGCACCUGCUCAUCAAGAGGGGAUAUGCUCAUCCAGAAGAAGGACCAACUCGUACCUCUUUCGAGCAGAACUUUCUUGACGACAACUUCUAAUCCAAAACAAAGUGUUUGUAGCGUUAUUUAUUAGAUUUAAAAAGAAAAUUUAUUCUUAGUUACAAUAUUAGAACUA